AACCUACUAAACAAUACUAUAAAAAUGAAAUAGCAGAGCAAGAAAGAAAUUACCAAUACACAUAUAAUGAUGCUAUACAAAUACAACCUGACCAAUUUGUAAAUAUGCCAAUAGCAGACAAACAACUAGUUAUGCAACAACUAGUAGAAGAAUCCAAUAGUAAUAGAAACCUGAAAAAAUGA